GUCGCACCGUACAGGUCGUCCGUGAGUUGCGUACCGGUCCGCGAUCAUCAUGUCGCGAGAUGUCAUGAGUGAGCAACAAAUCAAUAUCAAAUUCGUGAAAGAAGUACAGAAAUACCCAAUACUAUACAACUUUGAGUUGCCUUCUUACUCUCGGAGGGAUGUCAGCGACGAAGCCUGGAGAGAAGUGGGCAAGGCAAUGAGCAUGACGCCAUCAGCAUGCAGAGAAAGAUGGCGGAACUUACGAGCUGUGUUUAUGAGGACAAUGAAAGCCCCGCCGCCAAGGGUAACAGGGAAAAAGAAACCUUAUUACCUUGCUGAUGUGAUGCAAUUUGUCGUGCCAUUCAUGAGACCGAUCGCUAUGGCAGAAGCAGCGAAAGACAAACAAAAGAAGAAUCAAACGCUAGAAUGUAAAGAAGGAGACAACCAGCCUAUUGAGGUCGAAAUAGAACAUAUCAAGGUGGAGCCGGUGGAACAAGAGGAGGACUCUGACGAGUGGGGCCCGUCCUCUGUCGAGGAGGAGAGGGAAGGUACUCCUCACGCAAGAAAACAAUCAAUGCAAGAUGAAAAGCCCCAACAGAUCAACAAGAUGGCCAAGUUGCAGCCGUCAUCCACCGUGACACUGGACAGUGAUCACGUCAAGUCAUUCCUCAACAGCCUCCUACCAGAACUCCACGAAAUGAGCUCUCGACAGUUCAAACACUUCAAGAGACGAGUCCUACUGUUGAUAGAUGACAUCAUGACAGAAAUACCCGCCAGUCCAAAGAGACAGCCCGACGACGAAUAUAUUAUGUAAUUAUGAUAAGUAGUUAAGACAACAAAUACUUAUAGUUUGCUGGUUAAGAUACAUUAAGAAAGAAGUUCAAACAGUAAUUCCAAAUAAUGAAACACU